AUGCCCGUACCAAGAUCAAGAAUGCAUGACACUAAGCUAUAUGAUUUACUUGAAGUUUCACCUGAUGCAACAAGUGCACAAAUUGCUAAAGCCUACAAAGUUGCAGCCAUGAAGUAUCAUCCGGAUCGAAAUCCUGAUGCACCACCAGAAACAUUUAAAGAAAUUUCCGCUGCCUACGAUGUAUUAAAAGAUGAACAUAAAAAAGAAAUUUACGAUCGCUAUGGACUUGAAGGACUUAAAGAAGGAAUGGGUGCAGGAAGCAGUGGUGCAAGUAGCUUAUUUGAUUUGAUCAUGGGUGGAUCGAAUAGACACAAUCAUCAUCAUGGCCCAGCAAAAGGUGUAUCAAAAGUGAUUCCAUUAAAAGUUAGUUUAGAAACUCUAUAUAAUGGUGAAACAAAAUCAGUAGCUUUUACACAUAAACUAAUCUGUAAACAAUGUAACGGAUCAGGUUGUAAAGAAGGUAAAAAACGAGUGCACUGUCGUGCUUGUCAUGGUCAAGGCAUACGCAUGGGAAUAUCUCAUAUGGGACCAUUAACCUUUCAACAACCAAUUCAAUGUCGUGAAUGCGAUGGCGAAGGAGAAGUAAUCGCACAUAAAGAUAAAUGUCACCUAUGCCAUGGAAAUAAAAUAAUAGAAGAAACAAAAAGUCUUGAUGUUGUGAUUUUACCAGGAUUUUCAAAUGGAAAAAAAAUUAAAUUUCGUGGAGAAAACGAUCAAUUACCCGGUAUUGAAGCUGGCGAUAUUUAUUUUUUAAUUGAACAAGAAAAACAUUCAGUAUUUGAACGUAUUAACGAAUAUGAUCUUUUGACUAAAAUGAAAAUAAAUAUAAAUGAAUCAUUAACUGGUUUUAAACGAACUAUUCAACAUCUUGACGGACGACAUGUACUUAUUCAACACCAACCAGAUCAUCCAAUCAUCCCAAAUUCAAUGAAAAAGAUACCAAAUCAAGGUAUGAUCAGUAUGGAAACUCAUCAUACAGGUGAUUUAAUUAUUCAAUUCGAUGUGGAAUUCCCGCCAAUAAGUUUCUUUCAGCAUCCAAAUAUUAUUCAACAAUUAGAAAGUAUAUUACCACCAAAACCAACGUUAAAUGUUCCAUCAGGAGUUAAUCUUGAUGAAACAUCAUCAAUGAUUGAUUAUAAAAGCGAAUCCCAUUCAAAUAAACAUCGUUCACAGAAGGCGUCCAAUGAUAGUAAUGAAGAGAAUGGUUGUGGUGGUGAUGGUGAUGAUGAUGACGAUGAUCAAUACGUUGAUGAUGAUGACGACGAUGAAGAUGAUGAGGACAAUGAUGGUCAACCAAAAGUUCAUUCUUGUCAAACACAUUGA